GCUCCCGCAGAUGUUAAAGAUCAGCUCAGCGAGCGGCCGCCGGAGAGCCGGAGACGCACCUGCAGUGCUGCCAUGUCUCCGUCUGCGCUAACGUAAAGGAAAACAUGGGAGACCGAAACGAGCGAGGCCCCGCCACGCGCAGGCGGAGGACCACCAUCUCCGGUGAGGCAUCGGGGACGAGCGCGAGGCAGGCGAACGGGAGCAAGCCGGGCAGCCACGGACAGGGGGAGCAGGACGCAGCAGGGGCAGCGCGCAAACACAAGAGCAGCAAUGACGGCUUUAAGGACAGACUCAGUUGCCAUCGGCUGCAGGAGUCCCUGCUCAGCUCAGAAAGUGGCUACAGUAACUACAGAGGGAUCCUCAACUGGUGUGUGAUCAUGCUGGUUUUGUCCAAUGCGCGCCUUUUCCUGGAGAAUCUUAUAAAAUAUGGAAUACUGGUGGACCCCAUCCAGGUGGUCUCCCUCUUUUUAAAGGACCCAUACAGCUGGCCCGCCCCAUGCCUUAUCAUCGUGUCCAAUGUGUUCAUAAUGGCAGCUCUGUACACGGAGCGGAGGCUGGCUGUGGGCACGAUCUCAGAGGGUACCGGAACAUUCCUUUAUUGUGUCAAUCUUGGUGCCAUUUUGUGCUUUCCAUCAGCCACUAUACUUACAUUGAACUCCAUGACCCCAGUGGGUGGCGUCUUUGCGCUGGGGGUCUACACUGUCCUCCUGCUGAAGCUCUACUCCUACAAGGACGUCAACAAGUGGUGCAGGGAGAUCAGGCAGGCCAAAGCCCGCACCCUGUCCCGCUCCAACUCCUGUCCGUCUGUGCACAGGGCCAAUGGGAAUGCAGUACACAGUCAUGUGACCUACCCAGGCAAUCUCACCCACAGAGAUAUGUACUAUUUCAUUUUCGCCCCAACACUGUGCUACGAGCUAAACUUCCCCCGAUCUCCACGGAUACGCAAACGCUUUCUGCUGAGGAGACUUCUGGAGAUGCUAUUUUUGAUGCAGUUACAAGUUGGAUUGAUACAGCAGUGGAUGGUGCCGACCGUUCAAAACUCCAUGAAGCCUUUUCAGAACAUGGAGUUGUCUAGGAUGGUGGAGCGCCUCCUGAAGCUCGCUGUGCCCAAUCAUUUGAUAUGGCUCAUCUUUUUCUACUGGUUUUUCCAUUCCUCCAUGAACUUUGUGGCUGAGCUGAUGCAGUUUGGAGACAGAGAGUUUUACAGAGACUGGUGGAACUCAGAAACUGUCCCCUAUUUUUGGGCAAACUGGAACAUCCCUGUUCACAAAUGGUGCCUCCGACACUUUUAUAAACCCAUGCUGAGGAGAGGUGUAAACAAGCUGGCAGCUCAGAUCGCCGUGUUCCUGCUCUCCGCAUUCUUCCAUGAGUACCUUGUGAGUGUUCCUCUGAAGAUGUUCCGUCUGUGGGCGUUCAUGGGAAUGAUGGCCCAGGUGCCCCUUGCCUUGUUCGUGGCCCGGUUCUUGAGGGGUAACUACGGCAACGCAGCAGUCUGGAUGUCCUUGAUCAUUGGUCAGCCUAUCGCUGUACUGAUGUAUGUCCAUGACUACUACGUGCUUCAUUACGGAGGCGUGUCGGAGGCCGGGACAGCCUGACUUAUGCUGCAAUAAGCAAAAAACUGGACGUUAAAGUAAAACCUAUUUUUGAUGCUAAAUUAAAGAAGAUUUUUAAGGAUAUUUUUACCCUUUUAAUAAAAAAGCAACAACAGUGAUUAUUUCAUUGCCACAGAGAGACCAGUCCUCUUCUAAUGCACUUUACAGGCGCAGACAGAGAAUGUGCAACGGUCCUGAAACACUGCCCAGCCAAAGCGACACAGCAUUGCAAUGCCUUUUUACAUUUUCCUACUUGAAACUUUCGCACUAAGAUGAUCAAUGCAAACAGGCACCGUUUGUACUUUGCCAAAAAUGUGAUUCUGUGUUGUUUGCCAAAUAUGUGAUUUUUGCAUUUGUGUCAGGUUGUUCUCUGAAUGCCUUUCGAUUAAGGUUCUUGAUACAUUGUAUGCACUGUGUCAAAUGGGUUGAAGAGUUUCCGUUUUUUAUUCAUUUGCUUUUGCUGACAAAGUAAAACCUUUUGUUUUUGCACUUUAUCGAAAAAGCAUGCAGUUGCUGAGCUUUAAUAAGGUUGAUUUUGAAGAAUGUAAGCUUGAUUUAUUUUAUCCAUUAUUUCACAAAUUACAUGUAACUUAAUUAUAAUUCAAGCAUAUAUAUGUUGCAUACUGAAAAUACAUUAAUGAAUGUUUCAUCACAAAAAUGCAUUAAUGAACCGACUGAUUCAGCUUCAGUAUUUUCGUUUUUAAUUACUGUGCACGUUCUAUUUGUGUAAACGAUUGUCAGGAUAGUAUCUAAGUGAUACUUACUAUACUGUUUAUUCAUUUCUAUUUUCAUGUGCCUGAAACACCAGUCAAAUAACAUAGUUUUGAUGUUCACUCAGGCCCCACAGUAUGUUGUCUCACACAGUAUUGGGAUGGUUAGCAACCGUCUGUUGUUACAGACCAUUCUUACCUGGACACAUUAGGAGUCGCUUUGUAACACACUGGUUUAACUUUUUCAGACAUUCUAGACUUUUCCACUUAACCCUUUACUGUAUGAAUUAUGAAAAUGCACCUGAAAGCAAAUGUUUUUGUGAACUUUCUUAUGAAAAAUGACAUAAUUGGUGGAAAUAUAAAAAUAUUUUUUG